AUGGCGAGCUCGGGGAUAUCGCACAUCGUCGCAACCCUGAUUAGGCGGAUUCAAAAGAGCACCGCCCUGGGAUACGAUGCGGUUGCCGACAGAUUGCAGCCCUCCUUCGAGGAGGAAGAUCUCGCCAUGUACGAGGAACACGCGAAAUCCGACCGGUUCGAGAAGGUGAAGCAGUGCGCCUUCGACUCACUCGCGCUGAUUCGGCUCUCUGUCGUGCCCAUGGAACUGAGAUGGAACCUAGACAUAUCGGAGACGGACCGGCAGGCGAUGUUGGAGAUAUAUCCCAUCAUCAAAUGUUCCUUGGACUGUAUCGCAAAUCAGCUUGGCGAAGCGUUGAGCAACGCCGAGCUGCACAAGGAAACCACGGAGGACACCUCGACGAUCACGUUUGAAGGGCUGUUCUUAAUCGCAAAAACCGGCAUAGGAAUGCUCAAUCCGGUAGUUUUUUUCAUGGAGAAGGCGGCCCUCACUACCAUAGUCGAGAUACUCGAAAAGUCAUCGACAGUACGACCGUUAAUGAACGCAUGCACGGCGUGCCUUACAGCAUACCUCUGCCGAAUGCUUGCGACGGAUGUGCCGGAAGAACUGGGUGGUGAUAUCACCGUCACUCUGGCGCAGCUGAAGCAUGUGUUCGAACGCACCCUAUCCAUGGCGAUAACGGAUAACGGUGACAAGCCAAAUAGCGGGACACUAUCGGUGCUGAAGAUAACCAUGGCAACGGUUAUGCAUAGAAUGAAGGAGCUGAUGAGAGCCCAAGAUGAUAACGGCAGAAAGCAACUAGCGUUCGUUUCCAAGGUGGUCGACUGCUGGUACGGGGUGUUGGUGGGGAAGAUAAUGCAGCUGCGGGUAGACAUGGUACAAUCGAGCGCGAAGCCCGUGAAGUUGGGGAAGCUCAUGCGGAUCAUUGCGUCUUUCCCUGCACUUCCUCCUGCGCACAGUCUCAGGGUGGUGUUGCAGAUUGCGCUAACACUACAGCAGGAUGUAUCGUGUGCCAUACAGACAGAAACGCUUACUGCGCUCACCACUCUGAUGGAUGUGGAUGUAAACCAGGCUGGAGAUGUAGUUAGGAACAACAUAAAGCCACUCUCGGAAGCGCUCAUAGAAGUGCUGUUUGACAGACGUUUUUGCGGAAACUCGCAUGGGGCAACUGACACGACGGACUGCGAAAGGCAGGUGCAGCUUGUUUACUGUAUGGCGCAGUGCAUAAGGACGGCGAGGAGCGCUCCCCAUGACGAGAAUGCCAAGGUUGACGAAUUCUUGCAGAAGCAAGUUCUCACGUUACUCAACACAGACCCGCCGCAGCAGGCUGAUGGAAGCGCGCGGCUCGAGCGCAUGGUGAGGGAGACGCAACACCUUCCGGAAUUGCAGAACAACUUCCCGACCAUCGAGGAUUUCUUGGCGUCGAGAGACGACUGCGAGUUGCUCACCCGGCUCACCAGGACGUUUGACUAUCUCCUCAGCUAUUCCAACCAAGCUUUGGACGAAGCUAUCGCACUUGUCAUAUGUUGGCUAUUCACCGAAUUCGAGUUCGGAAUUUGCCUCAAACUGCUGACGCCAUUAUGCUUCCACUUUCUGCGCACCAAGCGCAGCAAAAUGCUGGACGGAUUGCACAACGUGAGCCAGGUGCCCACUGGAAUCGCGUCAAUGGUCAAGUCUGCCACGGCCAGGUGGAAGCUGGGCGGCAGGAUAUUCUCCGUUGCCAUGGAAAGAUAUAAUGAGGUUCAGGAUGGCUCUGCCAUCGACGUGGAUACGUCGAAUAUGAAGUCGCAAGCUGCGGCAAUAUUCACCGCACUACUCGAGUCCACUGUGGACAUAGCAAAGGAAACGGCCGGCAACCUGCCCAAGGAGCUAGAAAACUGCAUCGGGGUGUUUGUGAAAAUGUUUGGCUUCGAGGACUAUGUACGGUUGCUACCUCUAACGCCGCUGUACAACAUUCCGAUCACCUCGGAAACGUUCAGGACGGAGUCGUACAUAUACAUGCUACCCAUAUUGCAGCGCCAGCUCAAAGGCGUGCCACUCGAGGUUUACAUGAAGCAUUUCAUGCCGAUUCUGGCAAAAGUGGAAACGCUCAAAAACAAGGCAAAGGAUUGCGCCGCCAUCAACGCGGCAAACGAAAUGGCGAUGACGUAUGUGGUGCGUUCAUACGAUGCUCUGGUGGGGAUACUUUACAAUAUCCUCAUAGCCAUGAUUUCUAGCGCGAAGGACUGCAAGCAGACACUAGAAAGGAAUGAUUUUGAAUUGCUUAAGCAUAUAUUGGAACUUCUGGACAAGAGUUCGGAAGGCGCUGUUGUUUCGUGCCGCAUUAUCGGUGCUUGUGCUGAUCUCGACGGAAUGGCUCCCCGCCUCAUUGGGAUCUUCGUCAAGCGUUUCGUCGCUUUGGAAACAACGAUUCAUACAGAAUCCAGCGAUGUGCAGGCAAACCUUUAUGCAAUAGAGGAUGCUUUGCUCAGCGCAAUAGCCAAUUGCGGGAAGUUCUGCGAGUCGAAGAUGUUGGCUGAGAAUCUGGAGUCCUUCGAGGCGGCGCUCAGGCGUAGCAAGUGUCCUUUUGACCCCUUGGUGAAAAUAUCGAGAGCCCUGCUGCCCUCGGUGGACGACCAACUGAAGCUGAAACUGCACCUCCACUGGGUUAACCUCUGUAAAGCGGGUGCGUCAAAGAACCUAUACUUGGCGCUUAAGCGCAGCUGCGAGACACUAACUGCGGCAGUCAAAGGAGCAUUUCCAAAGAGAGAACAAGAGGCAGCUUCCACAGCCGAAGCUGCUUCCCAGGAAAUAUCUGUAUACGUGAAGGAAUCCUGCUCAGUGGAUGGUUUGCGCGCUUUGUCGGAGGCUCUGAACGUCAAGCCGGAUGCUAAGCCCAAUGCGGAAUCAGAGGAACACAGCAAGCACCGGAUAUGCUGCAUAGGCGCCUUCGUAAAACUACUGGAGACCAUGAAGUUGCACGGGGUCUACGACCAGCAAACCAAAGAAUUUGUUGACACCCUUGUCAAGCCCCUAAUCCUCGAAGCCAUGGUCAAUGCAAUUGCGCCAAACAAUAACACACGAAGCAGUGCCCUCACAAUAUAUGACGGGAUUUGUAACCUGAAACUAGAAGAAAUCGGCGACAUACUUAAACUUAGUAUAUCCGCCCUGUCAUGCAAGACGUCGAAAGUUAUGCAAGUCGUACUGGUGAGAUGCCUCACAAGACUCAUGGCCCGGCACAGCGAGCAUGCUGUGAAGUACAACCUUACACAGGUUCUCCUGUUUAUAUUCCGUCUACUGACGGAGGACAACCUCAAGCUAUACGUUCAGCUGCUGAAGUUCGCACGUGUCUGCAUUGUCAAGCUCAGUGUAGACCAGGUGCAGUGGAUGGCGCCAAUGUUGAUGCGAAUGUUCGAAAAUCAAAGCUGCUGCCCAAAGGCAAAGGUGUAUGUACGUCGAGUAGUUCAGAAGCUGAUGGUCAAACUCACUCGCGACCAAAUGCUAAAGAUAUUCCCGCCGACGCAUAUCCCACUACUCCGCAACAUAAUGGCAGCUCAAAGGAACAAACGGCACAGCAAAUUACGCAGAGCGCUGAGACCGUCUGACGAUGAUGAUGACGACGAUGACGAGAAGUUCAUCGACAAAAUGUUCAAGACCGACGAUGAGGGACGGUUGGUGCUGAAUUUUGAUGAAAACGAUGAAUCCGGUCGUGUUGAAUCGGAACUUAUGGAGGGAAAGGGGCGCAGACGUCAGAAAAAGAUGCGUCAGAAAUUGAAGAAAAGGGGAGAUGUGCAACCAUAUACCUACAUAAAGCUAAACAAGGCGAAAACAUCGGGAAAACACAAGCGUGAGAACGUAAAGGCAUUAAAAUCAUUGGUAAAAACGAAGGUCAAGGUGAGGCAGUGA